AUGGGGCCGAACCGACGCAGCAACAGCAGCAGCAGCAGAGAUAGCAGCAACUCAGCAGCAGCUGCAGCCACAGCAGCAGCAAGGAUAGCAGCAACGCGGAAGCAGCCACAGCCGCAGCAACGCAGCAGCAGCAGCAGCCAUAGCACCAGCAGGACAGCAGAAGCCACAGCCACAGUGACGCAGCAGUGUGGCGCAGCAGCAGCAGCAGCAGCAGCAGCAUCACCAGCAUCACUAGCAACAGCAGCAGCAUCACCAGCAGCAGCAGCAGCCGCAGCAGCCGCAGCAGAACCGCAGCAGCAGCUGCAGCAGCACCAGCAUCACCAGCAACAGCAGCAGCAUCACCAGCACCACCACAACAGCAGCAGCAUCAGCACCAGCAUCACCAGCAGCAGCAGCAGCAGCAGCAGCAGCAGCAGCAGCAGCAGCAGCAGCAGCGCGUCGCCGGCGGCUGCGGCGAACCCCUGA